UUUUUACCGUGGUAAAGCUCUUCGCGGUGGCCCGUCAGAUAAUUGAGCGGAGGGUUCGACCGUGUGUCAGACUGAGGUUCGACAUUCCUCUUCCGGACAGCAGGUAUAAAGCUCCAUCCUCAGUGACUGUGGACACAACGCUUCUGUCGCAUCUCCGGAGACGCGAGAGGAACCACCACUUUCACCAUGAGUCACAGCCCAGAAAGGAUGUCAUCUUACCGCCGCCACUUCGAGAGUGGCCUGAGCUCUUCUUCCACGCUUCAGGUGCGGGUCUCGAGCCCUUCACCCACCCGUGGAGCUGCGCGCCACCGCUCCGCCAGUUACACCCGCAGCGGGGCACGCAGGGCGCUUUCUGGAUCCCGCAAAUCACGCAUGACCAGUGUGAGUAUGGGAACGCUGUGUCUGGGCAUGGGUUUUGGGGUUGCCGGCGGUGCGGUGGAUCUGGACGCUGCAGCCGCUGAGAAUCAGGCUUUCCUCAGCACACGCACCAGUGAGAAAAAGGAGAUGGUCGCCCUCAAUGACCGUCUUGCUGUGUACAUCGAGAAGGUGCGUUCUCUGGAGCAGAGCAACAAGCUGCUGGAGGCAGAAAUUGAUGGCAUCAAGAACCACCAUGUGAAGCCGUCCGGUCUGCGACUGCUCUAUGAGGAUCAGUUGAGGGAACUGAGGAGGAUCGCCGACCAGAUGAAAGUCCAACGGGACCUGGCGGUAGCAGCAAAGGAUGCCAUGGCAGGUCAGCUGGAAAUGCUGAAGGUGAAAUACGAGGAGGCUUUGGAGGCCAGGAAAAAGGCAGAGCUUGAAAUUGAAGCCUUCAAACCGGAUGUGGAUGCAGCCACAUCUGCCCGAAUUGCCUUGGAAAAACGACUGGAAAACCUGGAAGUGGAACUUGAGUUCCUACAGAGGAUUCACAAAAAGGAAAUCGAGGAGCUGAUGGCUCAGAUUUAUGGAUCUGUGGCUAAAGUAGACGUGGCUUUCUCAUUGCCCGAUCUGGCAUCCGCCCUCAAACAGAUCCAGGCUCAAUACGACAGUAUCGCUGCCCAAAACCUGCAGGAGAUGGACGCUUGGUAUAAAGCGAAGUUUCAAGAUCUAAACAAAGCAACAUCACGGCACGUGGAAACAGCAAGGAGCGUCAGAGAGGAAAUGACAGCUUACAAGAGAGAGAUUCAGAAUAAACAGAGAGAACUGGAGGCUCUUAAAAACAGGAAUGAAGCACUGCUGCUCCAGAUGCGGGAGGCACAGGAGAGAUACAAGAAAGAGGAGGCGGAGCUACAGAUCCGUAUUGAGACUCUAAAGGAGGAACUGAAGUCUAUUAAGGGGAAGAUUGCACUUCUGCUGAGAGAUUAUCAGGAUCUGCUCAACGUUAAGAUGUCACUGGAGAUUGAAAUUACCACAUACAGGAAGCUGAUUGAAGGAGAAGACAGUCGCUUGUCCAAUAUGGUGAGCAGCCUGUCUCUCAUGAGCGUGAGCGCAGGAAUGGUCAGCAGCAUUUCUGGUGCAGCAGCAGCAGCCCGCAGUCAGGCGAUCAGUGGAGCGGUGAGCUCAUCCGCCUCUGAGAAGAUGCUUUCCAGCAGCACGAUAGUCGACCACAACCAUCACGAGUCAGUGGAGGAGUUCACUCACGAGCAGGCGGUGGAGAUGACGGAGAGGAAGACCGUCCUCAUUAGAACAGUUAGGACAGAUGAGGACACGUUUCAAAGGGACACACAAGAACGAACCAUCACUAUCUCUGGUGCCGCAGAUGAGACUGAUUGAAUUAGACCCUUGAAUUCCUUGACCACCUACUUUGUGCUUUGACUAAACUGUGUGUACUAAGCAUUUAACCAUGUGUCAACUGAUUCUUCAAGACAAAUAAAGUUUGA